AUGCCUAAGGCGACACGGCUGCUCAUUGCCAAGGAAACCGUGCUGCACACUCAAGUCUUUGGAGUGAGGAAUAAGCCUCUUGAAAAUGUGGCUGAGUUGAGCGGGCCAAUGAAUAUCAUGUAUCCCCUCCAGCUGAUUCCCCACCUACCCCCAGAUCAAGGCCCCUCCACGGUCUGGGUUACAGACAAACAUUUUUCCUGUGGGUGCUCAAUUUUAAUGAAACGAUAUUCCCCUCCUAGUGUCCUGCUUUUCCAGCCUGUCAUCCAUCAUCCGUCCUUACGGGCCCCGCGGCCUGGGUGCCUGGCGGGCGGCCGAGAUGGAGGCGGCGGCGACGACAGCCCGCCAGAGAGGAAGAUUUACAUGGACUACAACGCGACCACGCCCCUGGAGCCGGCAGUCAUUCAGGCCGUGGAGGAGGCCAUGCAGGACGCCUGGGGCAAUCCCAGCAGCUCCUACCCCGCUGGUCGGAAGGCCAAGGACAUUAUAAACGCAGCGCGGGAAAACGUGGCGAAGAUGAUAGGUGCGAAACCUCGAGACAUAGUCUUCACCUCCGGGGGGACUGAGUCAAACAACUUAGUGAUCCAUUCUGCGAUGAAAACCUUCCACGAAAACGAAGCCUCCGGAGGGGGCGCGGUGGAGCACCCCAGCCCGGUAGAGGGGGCCACGCCCCACUUCGUAACGAGCACAGUGGAGCACGACUCCAUCUCUCUGCCCCUGCAGCACCUGGCAAAGGAGCAAGUGGCCGCAGUCACCUUUGUCCCAGUGUCCAAGGUGAGCGGGCAGGUGGAGGUAGACGACGUCCUGGCCGCAGUCCGUCCCACCACGUGCCUGGUGACCAUCAUGCUGGCCAAUAACGAGACUGGCAUCAUCAUGCCUGUCCCCGAAAUCAGCCAGCGCAUCGCAGCCCUGAACCAGAAGCGGGCAGCGUCCGGGCUGCCCCGCGUCCUGCGGCACACGGACGCCGCGCAGGCGUUGGGGAAGAGGCGCGUGGAUGUGGAGGACCUGGGUGUGGACUUCCUGACCAUCGUGGGGCACAAGUUCUACGGCCCCAGGAUUGGCGCGCUUUAUGUUCGAGGGCUCGGUGAACUCACCCCUCUGUACCCCAUGCUGUUUGGAGGUGGACAAGAGCGGAAUUUCAGGCCAGGGACGGAGAACACCCCGAUGAUUGCCGGCCUUGGGAAGGCUGCUGAGCUGGUGACCGCGAACUGUGAGGCUUACGAGGCCCACAUGAGAGACGUCUGAGACUACCUGGAGGAGAGGCUGGAGGCUGAGUUUGGUAAAAAGAGAAUCCAUCUCAAUAACCGGUUUCCAGGGGCCGAGCGGCUGCCAAACACCUGUAACGUUUCCAUCCGGGGACCCCAGCUUCCAGGCCGCCUGGUGCUCGCACAGUGCCGGACGCUGCUGGCCAGUGUAGAGGCCACAUGCCACUCGGACCUCGGGGACCAGCCGUCGCCCGUGCUGCUGAGCUGCGGCGUCCCCUUCGCGGUGGCCAAGAACGCGCUGUGCCUCAGCGUGGGCCGCAGCACCACCAGGGCAGAGGUGGAGCUCGCCGUGCAGGACCUGAAGCAGGCCGUUGCCCGGCUGGAGGGCCAGGCCUAGUGCCGGGCCGCGCUGCUCAUGGGAGUCCCCCGCCAGCCGUCUGGCUUCUGCUCGUCUCAUCCCGCCACGGCGUGGCAUGGUGAAGCGUGGGCGUCGGUGCGAGUGCCUCCUCCACGGACUGGGUUUGCCAGGCGCACAGACGGCCCUCCCCACAGCCCCA